UUGGUCGGUAAGUUGUCAAAUAGUUUUACCGUUUUUGUAUAGAUUGGCCAAAUAAAUAGAGCUCUUCGGGCAUGAGAUAAAGAGUUAACAUUUUUGAGAGAAUAACGUCUAAGGAUUUCUUUUUGGCUUUUACUUCUUUAAAAUAAAUUAUACUGAUUAAAAAUGGAUUCGUGGAUGGAAACAGAUUUAUAUGAAUUAAUCGGUGCAUCAAAUAAAGCUUCGACACAUGAGAUCAAAAAAGCAUAUCGUAAAAAGGCUUUAUCUUGUCAUCCUGACAAAAAUCCAAAUAAUCCAAAAGCAGCUGAAUUAUUUCAUGAAUUGUCACGGGCAUUGGAAAUUCUUACCGACACAUCUGCUCGGGCAGCAUAUGACAAGGUUAUUAAUGCCAAAUAUCAAGCAAAAUUACGCGUUAAGGAGCUCGAUGCAAAACGUAAAAAAUUAAAGGAAGACUUGGAAGCGCGAGAAGAUGCUUACAAAAGAUCUUUAAAUUCAGAUUACAACAUUAAAAAUGAUAAAGCUAAAUUACAGGCUGAAAUAGAACGCCUACAGAAAGAAGGAUCAAAACAAGUAGAGGAAGAGAUAGCGCUCAUGAAAAAACAAAUUGCGGAACGAGCGAAAGGAUUAUGCAGAGAAUGUGAGGUCAAUGGUUCCUACAAAAUAAAAAUAAAAUGGAAGACCGAUCAAAACGAUGAAUACAGCUACGAUACGCUGUACCGAAUUUUAUCAAAGUACGGAGAUAUAGCAGCUCUUGUUAUUUCCUCUACUAAAAAAGGGAGAGCAUUAGUAGAGUAUCAAAACAAAAAUGAUGCAGAAAUGGCUUUAAAUAUGGAAAUUGGGUUGACACAGAAUCCAUUGAAACUUCAGAAGUUAUGGGACACAUCGGAACAAACAAAUUUCUCACCCAAACGAACAGUUAAUAAUAUCGCUAAUCUCACGAAGAGCGAGGUAAAUCAAAGUAUGUCUGAUGCGGAAUUCGAACAUACCGUAUUAAAUAAUUUAAGAAGAGCCGAAGAAAAGAAAAGGUCGUUCGUUAAAUCGAACUUGGGCGAAGGUACUUGAUUAUAAACAAUUUCUCUCCAAGCUUUAUUUAUUGCGUCAUCGUGAAUGCACCUUUAGAUAUUCGAAUGUCUAAAAUGUGUAAUUGUACAAACAGAAGAUAGAAAGUAUUAAAGUACAUGUAUUGUAUCUGUGACAUCAGAUCAAGCAAUAAAUUACGAAUCUAUGUUUUUUACAGUCAAUAAAAACAAUAUUAUAAUGACAUUAUAAAUGUCAAAUA